GGAUGAAGUAAAAUUGUCACAUGAGAAAACCCAGGGCACGUAACUGCGAACAGAAGGGAGGCACGAUUAAUCCAAGUGAAAGCGGGUUUGGCGCUUCAAAUGCGCUUUGGGGAGAGAGAGGGACAGAUGAUAAGGUCCACGAUAAGAGUAAGUUAAAGCAGUGUGUGAGAGGGCUGCUGCGUGACUGUCCUCUCUAAACAAAGCACAGGUUUCUAUCUAGGCCUAUAUUAGAGAUUUGGACCAGUAGCACACCAUCAGCUGAUCAGCCAUGCGAUUGGUCAGCAUGCAGCAUCGUGUGAGGAGGGCAGCAGAAUCAGAGGAGGAGCCUAAAGCUGCUCCACCCCCUCCGCCCCCUCCCUCUCACCACUCCCACAACUUCAUGAACAUGAAGAACAAGUUUUUCAAUGAGCUUAACCAUCUACCUAUGCCCAUGUGGGCCAUUGGUGCCAUAGUUGUGGUCGUGCUUGCCCUGGUUGGCUGCUUUGCUUUCUGUAUCUAUAAGAAGUGCUUGGGAGGGAAGAAAAAAACGAAGAAAGUCAGAGAGAGGAAGGGAGGACGAAGAAGGAUGAAAAAGGAAGGAGAUGAAGAAGGAGGCGAGGAACAAGCAAAAGAAGGAGAGGGCGAGGGAGAGAAAGAAUUUUAUGGCAAACUGGAGUACACUCUGGACUACAACUUCACUGACAAUCAGCUUAUUGUCGGUAUCUUGCAAGCCCAAGACCUUCCUGCCAUGGAUAUGGGAGGAACCUCUGACCCAUAUGUCAAAGUUUAUAUGCUACCAGACAAGAAGAAAAAGUUCGAAACCAAGGUCCAGCGCAAGAAUCUGUGUCCUGUAUUUAACGAGACAUUCAUAUUUAAGAUCCCCUUUAAUGAUCUAGCAGGACAAACCCUGGUCCUGCAGGUGUUUGACUUUGACCGCUUUGGUAAACAUGAUGUAAUUGGAGAGAUCAAAAUCCCUAUGAACAGCAUUGACCUGGGCCAGCCCAUACAUGAAUGGAAAGAUCUGGUCGGAGGAGAGAAAGAGGAACAAGAAAAACUGGGAGACAUCUGUAUCUCCCUGCGCUAUGUGCCCACCUCUGGUAAGCUGACCGUGUGUAUCAUGGAGGCCAAGAACCUGAAGAAGAUGGAUGUGGGUGGUUUAUCAGAUCCUUUUGUAAAAGUGGUUUUGCAACACAAUGGAAAGCGCAUCAAGAAGAAGAAGACGACAGUUAAGCAAAACACACUGAACCCCUACUUCAACGAAAGCUUCAGCUUUGAAAUCCCCUUUGCUCAGAUUCAGAAGAUUCAGGUGCUGAUCACUGUCUACGACUAUGAUAAACUGGGAAGCAAUGAUCCAAUUGGGAAGUGCUGGAUUGGGUUUGGUGCUAGUGGAGUGGGUUUGCGCCACUGGUCAGACAUGCUGGCCAAUCCCAGACGACCUGUGGCUCAGUGGCACACCCUUCUGCCUGAAGAGGAAGUGGAUGCUGCCCUUAAAGCACCUAUCCGCUAAAUAUCUCAUCCACCUGUCAACACACAUCUGGCAAAAUAUCAUUUAAAUUGAAUCCAUCCUUUCACUAAAGAGUUUCUGUCUGUUAAGUUAUUAACAUCAUUAUUUCCUGUACUCUUCUUUACUGUGAAACAAAGGGAGGAGUAACUUUUGUAAAUGUUAUUAUGUACAUUAUGUUCAUCUGGCUUGUGUUUCUUAUUUAUAUGUGUCUGUAUGUGGAUGAUAAGUGUGUGUGUGUUUUGUUUUUAAAAGUGUAUGUAUGUAUCAGUCCAUAACUCUAUGAGAACUAUCCUGAUUUGCCUCAUCUUUUUUCUGUGAACCAAGAUGACGAUAAAACACAACAACUGGAUACCUUA